CAAAGAUCAAUCCUAGCAAAGUGUUCUCGACGAGCGGCCCUCACGACUCGUUCCGAGUUACCGGUGACCGACUUUCGGAGAGAUCAAAAGGAGCUGAGCUGCUCACUUCACUCAGCUUUUCAGUAUCGUUAUCGGGUUCGUUGAUCAAUUAUCUUUAUUGAAAUCUUUUGCUUGCGCUCUUUCCCCAGCUUUUUCUUUCGCGAAAACCCUAGAACCUUGAAACAAUAUAGCUCGGUUUCCUAGCAAGUUGAGGGUAAAUUAAUGAGUGGGAACUCUCGAGUUUUAUUUUGCAACCAAACGGAGGAGUUAGUUUUGCGGUUGGUGAAAAUUAGUGUUCAUAUAAGCUGGUUGAACCUUGAUAGGAAUGAAGCCGAAGAGAGGAAAUGAUAAUUUGGUGGAUCAUGAGGAAGGGUUCGAUUCAGAAUCGAAGAGGCGGAAAGUGGUAGAGGAGUCAUCUCCGUCCCCGCCUCCUAUUCCCAUUGCGAAUCCUCUUGCUGGACUAGCAAAUUAUGACGAUGAUGAGGAGGAGGAUGAAAAUCAGUGGCGAAGGGCUGAGGAAAGUAGUGAUCGAAGGGUUGAGCAAAAUGGAAAUGGAGGUGAUCAACAGGAGGACGAGGACGACGAGGAUGAACAUGAGCAAGGAUACAGUCAAGGAAAGCGAAGCCGUGAGGUUGAGCGCCGUAGGGACUGUCCAUAUCUUGACACUGUUAAUCGUCAGGUUUUGGAUUUUGAUUUUGAAAAGUUCUGCUCUGUUUCCCUGUCAAAUUUGAAUGUCUAUGCAUGUUUGGUCUGUGGAAAGUACUAUCAAGGAAGAGGGAAAAAGUCUCAUGCAUACACUCAUAGCCUUGAAGCAGGCCAUCAUGUUUAUAUCAACCUUCGAACUGAGCAGGUUUAUUGCCUUCCCGAUGGAUAUGAAAUUGACGACCCCUCAUUGGAUGACAUUCGGCAUGUCUUGAGUCCAAGGUUUACUAAAGAACUAGUUGAACAACUUGACAAGAACAAACAAUGGUCUAGGGCACUUGAUGGUUCUGAUUACCUCCCAGGAAUGGUGGGUCUUAACAACAUUAAGGAGACAGAUUUUGUGAAUGUCAUAAUACAAUCUUUGAUGAGAGUUACUCCUUUACGGAAUUUUUUUCUUAUCCCCGAAAAUUAUAAGCACAGCAAAUCUCUACUUGUUCAUCGAUUUGGAGAACUCACACGAAAGAUUUGGCAUUCACGGAACUUUAAAGGACAGGUGAGCCCACACGAAUUUCUGCAGGCAGUUAUGAAAGCAAGUAAAAAACGGUUUAGGAUAGGUGCACAGUCAGACCCAGUCGAAUUCAUGUCAUGGCUUCUUAACACGCUUCAUUCAGAUCUUAAAACGAAGAAAAAUAGAAGCAUUAUCUAUGAUUGCUUUCAGGGUGAAUUGGAGGUUGUCAAAGAGAUUCAUAACAAAGCUCUUACCGAGAAGAAAGAAUACAGUAAUGAUCAGAAUGCUGUUUCCAAACUCACAGGUGGUGGAACUGAACUUGAAGCAGCUGUGACUGAAACUUCCAGAAUGCCAUUUUUAAUGCUUGGACUAGAUUUGCCCCCACCUCCCCUUUUCCAAGAUGUCAUGGAGAAAAACAUAAUACCCCAGGUUCCGCUCUUCAACAUCCUGAAGAAGUUUGAUGGCGAAACAAUCACUGAGGUUGUCCGUCCUCGAAUAGCAAGGAUGAGAUAUCGUGUCACCAGAUUACCCCAGUACAUAAUUCUCCACAUGCGUCGAUUUACAAAGAACAACUUUUUUGUGGAAAAGAACCCUACAUUAGUCAACUUUCCUGUGAAGAAUCUGGAGUUGAAGGAUUACAUUCCCUUGCCAACGCCCAAAGAGAAUGAGAAACUACGUUCGAAGUAUGAUUUGAUUGCCAAUAUUGUUCAUGAUGGUAAACCCGACGAAGGGUUCUACAGGGUAUUUGUGCAGCGGAAGUCAGAAGAACUAUGGUAUGAGAUGCAGGAUCUGCAUGUUUCAGAAACACUUCCUCAGAUGGUUGCACUCUCUGAGACGUAUAUGCAGAUUUAUGAGCAGCAGCAGUAAUGUAGUGAUUAUUGGUUCAUGAUGUUUAAGCAAACGCAGUGGAAUUUGUUUCCAAUGGAUGAUCAAAUGUGAUGAUGGUAGAGAUGAUAGAGAGAGCAUUAACCUUUUGGAGAGGGUGAUAUGUCGAUAUAUGAAGGAAGCUGCGCACAAGAAAAAGCCGAUUGGUUCUAUGAAAAUUGAGGCCAUCAUCUUUUUGUCUCCUGAGAUUAUCUAAAGCACCAAUCCAUUUGGUAGUUUUGGCUGUAAAACCGUCCUUACAUUUGUCAUGAAAGAAUUCUAUAGGUAAAAUCUUUUAUGGUAUCAGAAUUUUUGACAGUCUGUAUUUUGAUGAUUACAAUAUUGUCUGGCUAUGAAUUUUGUUCAAAUGUCCUUGAGAAAUUGAAGAUAUUUGUUUGGGAAA